UUACUGUAAUUCUAACCAGGAAGAUCAACACAGUUGUUGUGGCUUGUUGUUUUGACUGGAGCCUUUUACCUCUCGGUUUCUUAACUCAUAAUUAUCUCACUUGCCCAUCCAUAUUCAGGCUCAGUGCAUGUAAACACAGGCGGGCAUUGGUUCCAUCUUUCCCAACAGGAUGCUUGCUUCAUCCACAAGCUUUUCAAGUAGGAGGCUGAGACCAUGAGAGAGUCUGACUUAUCAACAUGAAGAGGUGUAACAUCUGUAGGAGCUGCUUUCUUUAACCUUACAAACGUGGGGUACACACACAGUGGGGAUGAUUGUCUGGGCAGAUGGUGCUCUGUGUGUGGACUAGAAGCUGAGCCGAGGCAAAGAGGGGCAGAUUCCUCGUCCAUCAUGGGAUGCUGCAGCGUGACUCAGAGGCAUACUGGAGUGGAUGAGGUGGGCCCUGAUGAGAUCGAGCUCCUGGAACUCUCUGGAGACAAUAUAGGAGUGUGGAGUCUGGGAGAAACCAGGCUUCAGUUGUCAGUGAGGAACAGCAGAGAUGAGCAACUGCCACCAACACUACCACCACCACCACCUCCGCCAGGCUGCCCUUCAGAACAGCACCCGGAAAAAGAGGUGGUGCUGUGGGGCAGGAGCAGAGACGAGUUGCACCGCAGGAUUUACUCUCAACAGCCAAUCAGGGAGUGGGAGGGCCAACCUCCCCACAUGUACGGAGAAAUCAUCCACUCCUCCCUGGUGUCUCUCUACACCAGCUACACACAGGGAACCAGUGAACACUUCCUGGUGUUGUUCUCUUUCCACCUGCUGAUCCUCUCCCUGGACCACUCUCAACAAGACUUCAUUUAUGAGGGCAUCCUGCCCCUUUCCGGACUGUCUUUGCAAGCCGUCUGUGUGGACCCUGACACAUCACAUUCACCACACAUGUUUGAGAUCAGCGGUCCAGUGAUGGACUCCAAAUUCUUCACAUGUCCCAGUGCUGCAGAGUUAGAGAAGUGGAUGCAUCACAUAGAAGAUAGGAUAUACAAGUCAAUGAUCCAUCCCAUGAGUCUCUCCCACUGUGCUCUCUCCUAUCUAUUACCCUGUGAUGAGCAUUGGAAAAGAGAAGAGCUGAAAAAGUACUUAUUACAAGCCCCAAUCUGGCAGUGGGAGGGCUCGCCGAUACAGCACAUGGGUCAGCUGGGAUACAUAUCUAUGGUCCAUAUCAUCAACACACAGAGACAGGGACCCCAAGAAAGACUGAUGGUUCUCUUCCCUCAAGAUGUCCUCCUUCUGUCAGUUGACAACAAGCGUCUGAAUAUAAGAUAUGAGGGCAGAUUGGCCCGACACAGUGUCAGAGCAGUGGAGAGGUCAGCCUUGCCUGGAUGGAUGGAGUUUGAGCUAAUAGGUGACCUGAUGGAGCCUCUGUUGAUCUCUUGUGCCUGUCAGGAGGAUUAUUGGAACUGGAUCUUUCAGUUACAACAGCCAGACAGAAGCAGCAACAUUACUGUGAGUCCUGCUGCCCCUCCAAUCAUGCCCAAGUUGCACAGGAGCAGGAAGGAGUCCCAGGGACCGAUGAUAACAACUGACCAAUGUCACAUCAAUGGACGCAGCUGACUCAUCAGAAAAAAAGCAUGAAAAUUCACUGUAAUUAUAAAUCUAAAAUAAAGUGUAGAUAUCAUGUACAUAUUACUUUUUUGUCUAAUUGUGCCACAAAAUGGAGAUACAGCAGUGAAUUGGUUUUGAAAUGUUCUCACCCUCUAUUUGGGUGACUUUGUCACUCAAAGGGACCGAGAAGAUACUUAUAGUUCUCUUUCAUGUGGGGACAAACAGAAACAAGGUCAUAACCCAGUUUGAGUUUAGACCUCAGCAGAAAAAAUGUUAGCUGUAGAGACUGUAGAGCUGUAAAGGUUACCAAAGAAAAUAGAAGUAAAGGAACGGCACAUAUUUAACUGUGAUGUCUUCUCCAUAAAAUACUUAAUGUUUGACUUGUCCACAAUAAAGAGUUUAAAAACAAUGCAACAUAAA